AUGUUGCAUGCAUUUCGUGCUUUUAUAUUGGUUUGGGGCUUGGUAUGGUUUCUGCCGCAGCGCGUUUUUGCAGACGCGCUUAAUUCCCCAGAAGAGAUGCCGCUUCCUGAUCCUCUUACUAUCCAAAACUUUAAGAAACAUACGUCGUCUGGCUUACAUAUAGUGGAGUUUUACAGUCCUUACUGUCACCAUUGCAAACUUUUUGCCCCUGUGUGGGAAGAGACCUGGCGGUCAUUUCAAGAAGAAGGUCCGGAAUUGAACAUGACGAUGGUUCAAGUUGACUGUGUUCAAAGUGGAGAUCUGUGCGCUGAAGAGAAAAUUCCUGCCUAUCCACAGAUACGCCUUUAUGGUCCAGGAGGGUUUAUAAAAGAAUAUCCCGAUAAUUUGAAAAGAACUAAAGAGGGUAUUCUUAAAUUUGCCAGAACAGAGGCAGGAAAUGCGGAAAACAAGGACGCCUCCAUGCUACAAAGCAGAAGUAAACUAUUGGGAGAAUCUAGUGUAACUGAACUUUUGAAAGGGAAUGGCAAAAGACCUUACGCUAUAUCUUUUUGGCCCACGGAAGACCUCGAUGAUGUAAAUGAUGCCAAGGCUCAAUUUGAAAUUUGUAACAGUUGCCCAAAUUUCCAGAGAACUUGGACCGUUCUCUCAAACAAAUUGAAAAUCGAAGGAUUUGGUGUGGGUCACGUAAACUGUGUGCGUGAUGCCAGACUUUGUGAGGAACUUGGGUAUGGGAAUUUGGUCAAGAUUACGAACCAUCGUGGCGACAGAGCUCCUGCUGUGCUUAUGAUUUUGCCCCAAUCCACAGGCAACAAUAUUAUUUUUUAUGAGGGAGUGAGAACUGAUGUCGCUGCGUAUGAAGAUUUCUUUUCUAGAAGCUACUCAAAUGCGAUCGUUCCUGAUAUUUCAGCCUCGACCUUAGCAGAUGAAACAAGAAAACCUCUCUUGGCUAGCAAUAUUAGAGGCAGUAAUGAACCGAAGACUUUCAUUGUCUUUAAUUACAAUCCUAAGGAUGUUGUUCCCGAAGAUUUUGAGAUACUAAAGCUUUUCAGCGGACCACUUUCCAAAAUGCCUAACACUUACCUUUACAAGUCUACAGAUGAUCUCAUGUUUUUGGCAAGAACUAAUUAUGAGUUAAUGUUCGACGAAAUUAAGUCUGAUGAUUCGAAAGCGAUCCAAGAACCUGAUACAGAUCUUUUCAUCUCGAAUUCCUUGACAAGCUCACCCACGUUUUUCAUGUUUAAAGAACAAAACCUUAUCCCAAAUGUUUUCCAUGGAUACUCUACAACCGAAAUGAGAAAUAUUGAUUACAUAUUGGACUGGAUUGGUAUUGACAUAUUCCCGCUCAUCAACGAAUUGACUCCAGAGAAUUUCCAAGGGCAUUUGAAACAUGACCCACAAAUCUUCAAAGUUAUGACAAUUCAGCUAAUUAAUAUGAGUUCUGAUGAAGAAGUGUCGAAAAGUGCUCAAUAUCUAAGGAACAACAUGCUUACCGCUUAUGAUCUCGAAAUCGAAAGAGGUAAAUAUCUUCGAUCUCGGGUUUUGGAGACCAGAAGUAAGAAGGAAAAGGAAGUAAAUGACAUGAAAGAGAAACAGGUUUCGACAGAAAAGAUCGUGAAGAAGCUCAGAAGCGAAAUAUUCCACGAUUAUGGAUUCAAGGCGCUUUUCACAUAUUUGGAUAUUUCAGAGUUCCCCAAUUUUAUUUCGCAAGCUGGUCUCAUUGAUGCCAAAAGGUCUUACAAAUCUGGUGAUGUCCUUGUUAUAGACAAGGAAAAUAGCGUUUUCUAUGACAGAGAUCAACAUGAUGAAAUUUUGACGAGUCAAAGCUCUAUUAAGCUAAAAGACGCCAUAUCAAGUGUAUUGUUUCCGGAACUUCACCAAACAUCCCCAAUGAGGGGGAAAAGACUAAGAGGCAGAUGGCCAUUUUAUUUGGUCGGGUCCUUUCCGAAAAGCUCAUUGUUCUUGGCCGGUGCUGCCAUUCUUUUACUCAAAUUAAUCAAACCCCUAAGGUUUUACAAACAUCUAAAGAUCGAGCGCAGGUAUCGCAAUAAAAGAGACGUGGUAGGCAUUUUGGGCAAAGGAAAGGCCAAGGAUUAG